GUGCUCCCUGAUGGGGUUUGAUUUAAAUCGGCACUGGGCAAAUCCAUCUCCUUGGGCUCAUCCCACACUGCACGGAGUGAAACAGCUCAUCAUUGAGAUGUACAACAAUCCGAAGAUUAACCUGGAGUUCUAUAUUGACAUCCAUGCCCACUCCACCAUGAUGAAUGGCUUCAUGUAUGGGAACAUCUUUGAAGACGAGGAAAGAUUUCAGCGACAGGCUGUUUUUCCCAAGCUACUCUGUCAGAAUGCUGAAGACUUCUCUUAUUCCAGUACAUCGUUCAACAAAGAUGCUGUGAAAGCAGGGACAGGCCGGCGUUUUCUUGGUGGACUGUUAAAUGAUACAUCCUACUGCUACACUCUGGAAGUCUCAUUCUACAGCUACAUAUUGGGUGGACCCACUUCUGCUGUCCCCUACACAGAAGAAGCAUGUAUCCUUUUGAAAUCUUUCCUCUUGCAGCACAUGUGGACUGGGCACUUAAG